CGAUCUUCCGGUCCGCUCCGGCAGCCCGCGGCGGCGGCUUCGAGGGGUGCUCCGAGGCGGUCAAUCGCGGCCAGUAGCGCACAGAAGCGUCGCGUCCGGAGUCGCUGCGAGGUGAUGACCAAAAUGGCGUCCCGCGAGAGCGGCGAAGGCUCUGCGAGAUCUCCCAGCGCAGACAAAGCAAAUACGACGGCGCGGCCAGAGAUGGACGAGAAGAAAUCGCCAGCCGCUACGCCGCCAGUCGAUCGGCACGAGACGGGAGACGCGGCUGUCGAGGAAGAGAAGAAGAAUUCAACAGCGGGCGCAAACGAUGUCUCUGCAAGCGUACAAAAAACUGAUUCUGAUGAUGCGCAAAGCGAGAGCGACGAUCUGAAGCCAUUAAUUGAUAAGAUUCGGCAGGACGAUAAGAAUAAAGCGGACGGGAAACGAGAGGUGCAAAAUCCAGCCGCGCUUGCGGAUCCGCCAAGUACGGACGAUGAAGACAAUGAAAUUAAGAGCGAAGAUGACAAAGACUCUUCGACAAAAGAGGGAUCCGUUUCGAAACGAAAGCGAAAGACUUUAAGACACGUUGAUACUCUCAGCAACCCGAUGGCGGAAUCUCCCGCGGAGGAGGGCGGCACCAGGAGCAAGAGGAAGAAAUUGAAGACCGGCUGCGACCGAUUUUGUUGGCGGUGUCACAAGGAGAAAGUUGACGCUUACUGCACCGCCUGUCCUCGCGCCUGGCAUCGUAAAUGCAUUGGCGGCAUGCCGUCGUCAUUGGAGAAGUGGAUAUGCGGUGAAUGCGCGGCCAUCUUGAAGGCCGACAACGCCGAGACGCGUUCCCUGUCCAUGGCACAAUUGUCCAUUGAUCAACUGUGCAUGUUGCUCAAACACGUGGUCGAGAAAUUGCGCGAAUAUCCUGGUUCCGUACCGUUUUGCAAACCAGUGGACCUCGUAGAAGUGCCAACUUAUUUAGAUUACGUUGUCAAGCCGAUGGACCUGAGCCUCUUGGAGUCGAAUGUGCGAGCUAAGCUCUACGGCAGCACCGAUGCGUUUAUGGCCGACGCAAAAUGGAUUCAACAUAAUUGCGUCGUAUUCAAUACGUGCGGUGGAGUUUACGCAGAUACGUCGAAACUGACGAACACAGCUAAGCAGAUGAUAAAAGUGGCGCGUUCGGAAGUUUCGGAGAUCGAGGCGUGUCCCGACUGCUACGCGCAUGGUCGUAACUUGCCCAGGCCUCAACCCUCGUGGUUUAUCGAGCCAUGCCAUCGACCGCAUCCGCUCGUGUGGGCCAAGCUCAAGGGCUUCCCGUUCUGGCCAGCAAAGGCGAUGCCACGCGUAAAUUCUCAAGGUUUCGUGGACGUGCGCUUUUUCGGCGAACACGACCGUGCUUGGGUGUCGCCGAAGGAUCUCUUCUUGUAUUCCGAGGAGCCACCCGGACCAACCUCCCGUAAACGGAAAUCCGACGUGGACGAGUGUGUACAGGAGGUCAAUCGACACAUCAGGAAGCUCGCGCUCAUGUUUGGCCAGUUUAAGUAUGCGCUACCGAAAAUUCAGUACGAACCGAACAAUCCGCUGCAGAUACAGCUGAUGCUACCGAAAUACAAUCCCUUUGACCCCAACAAUCCUUUGCCCAGUCCGGAAUCUCCUCCAACUCAGAAGAAGAAGGCGCCCCAGAAAAAACGAAGCCUCAUUAAAGGUAAAUCGCAGGCUGACGAGUCGAUUGAUAUUAGCGAAGUAGAUACUGACUCGAAAGGCGAUGCUCGUGAAGAGGAGAGUGAAGCUACAUCACCAAAAGUACAAAAAUUAGAUACCGAUGUUAAGGAUACUUCGCAAGCUAAUCUAGAUGGUAGUCGUACUAAAUUAAAUAAGAAAGCAGAUCAAGAAAGUGUAAAGUCGUCCUCCCGGGAAGUUGCUCAAAACAAGACGGUGAAAGAGGAGAAGUCGAAAAAUGUGAGAACGUCUCGCUCAAAUGUCGCGCUCACGGAUAACACCGCCGAAAGUAAUAGCACGAGUCCAAACACCGGUAUCUCGGAUAAGAACAAUUCGCCGAGAGCGAAGAGCAAUGCGAAGUCGCCUACAAAAAAUUCGCCUAAGACCGCGACGCAGCCGGUCGCCGAAUCGUCCGACACUACGCGAAAGAAGGGCCUCUUGAAAAAUAUUAUCAACCCGAAACUGGCGCUCUCACAAAUGGACAGCCCGAAAGUGGCUACGAAGAAGAACAGUAAAGUGCUGAAGCCGAAAACGAGGCUCGUUAACAAACUGAACGCGGAGAAGGAAUUGAAGGCUGGUUCCGCGAGUAAGGAGAAUGAGAAGCUCUCCAACUCGAGCAAGGUCAUUCCCGGGAUUUCGCUGCUGAUGAAUAACAAGGAAUUGUCGAAUGUGCAGAAGAGCAUACCUGAGAUCGACAUUACGCUGUCGCCGCCUCUUACACCGUCGAAAGCGAGUGUCGCUCAUGCCAUCCCAUCGGCGAAUCCGAUCGUUCCCAUCACGGAUAAAUCCGUGUUGCUUCUCGUGGUGAACGGGACGGCUGCUGAACCCGCGAAGCAGAUCGAAUAUCAAGGCAACAAGGAUAUGUUCUCCACGACGAAGGAGGGACAGCGUAAUUUGCCUAGGAAGGAGAGCAAGGCUAGGAAGACCUUUCCUGGUAGAUCGCACAAUUCACAAAACGUUCAAUUGCCGUUGUCGGACGUGGGCGGGAUUAUUCAGGUUUCUCCGGUCAAGCAAGAGACGUCAUCCACGUAUCAGCUGCUACCUCCGGAGGCCGGGCCGAUCAGCGCGCGUUUGCAUCGUGAUGUGCACGAUCUCGCGAGCAGAAUGGGCCAGUUGAUGGAGGAGGCGUACAAGGCCGCGGGCAACAUUAACAACGAGAACGCUGACAAUUAUCAGGCGACCAUAUUCUCCUUGCGGAUGCAGAUCGAGCGUAUGAAGUGGCAGCAUCAGCAACAGCUAGCCGAGUUGAAACACAACGCCGAUCGUACCAUGUUUGAGAUGCGCGCGAGUUUAGAAGCGGAGAGAUUGCGAUCGGUCGAGGAAGUUCGCAGAGAAGUCGAAGACGAAAAGGCCCGAUGUAUCGAGGAGACCAAGCGGAAGCAAUGGUGUGCCAAGUGCGGGCAGGAAGCGAUGUUUUACUGUUGCUGGAACACUGCUUAUUGCAAUUAUCCGUGCCAGCAGUCGCACUGGCCUACGCACAUGCGAACGUGUUCUCAGCAGUCCGGGUACACUACCGUCGUCUCGGGUGCAAAUCCGCCGCAGAGCAAUAACGCCGUGACACACGAUUCUACGGGCAAAACGUAUUCUCUGUCACCCAGCAAAUUGAGUGGAGUUCCGCUAUCGUCCGCUGGAUCUCUCAGAAAUAAGGCCGAUCAGGAUACGCUGUAGGCAGCUCGCAAUUUCUUUACAAUCGGUUUGAUAUUGACGCGCGAGUAAGGUGAAAAGAUUUGCAGUAGCACCGUAGGUAAAUUUAUAUCUACAAACAACCGGCGAGUCUCGAUUUAGAUUAAACUGGUACGUUUGCGAUCUGAAAUCGUUUCGUUUAUGUAUUAUAGUACGUAGCUAAUUUCUUUUAUUGAUCUUGACAGUUUAAAUUACGCGAUGUAAAUAAUCGGAGCGAUUAGUAUUUUUGACGUCAGAUCAAUAUUAAAACAUUAAGUUACAAAAGACUCGAAGAUAAUGUUGAAGUAAGAUUUAUAUAAUAAACUUAUACUCGUUCAACCGACUUAUUGUUAGUAAAAAAAGUAAUAAAACUAUUUAAUAAUUAUAGAAAGUGCGAAAGAUGUAAUGAACUGCGCUUAAGGAAACGUUAGGUACAGUCCUGGUGAAGAAGGUUGCCCGACGUUUUAUGAUCAAUUUUGAAAAUGCAGUCUAUCAUGCGAGAGAUUAAAACUUUUGCUCACGGAUAUGUGCAGUGACGCAGUAUUAGAGUAAAGGAAUGAUAUGUACGAACAUACAUAGAAUGACACAAACGAGUAUUCUACAAACUUAUUGUCGGGGACAACCUUUCUGACCACGACCGUAUCUUUAGAUACGAGCGGAUAAUAUGCAGUAUAAGAACGUCGUUUAAUGUGAUUAAGGUCCGGUUUCACCAACGUCGCUUAUCUAAUUUAUCUUAUCUAUUUAAGCUUAGUCUAAUUCGUUCUUUGUCUCUUUCCAACUUUACGAAGGAGACAGAGAAAUCAAGCUUAAAGUUGAACGACGGUGAAACCGGGCCUAAGCAUUGUAACAAUCUAUUUCCGUUGGAAUUUGGUAACACUACUUUUGUAAUUAUACACUUCACGUAAUUUCUCAGUUCCUCUAUAGGCGCACUUGAAAGACGCGAGAUAAGAGAUAAGAAUUAUUUUUUCUAUCGAACCUCAUGACGUAAACACGCCUCUGACGUAGAAUGAUCGACAUGAUUGCGAAGAGCGCGGAUGAGCGCUCACAAAAAUUCAACUCUCUCGGUUAAGUCUGAUGCGAGAGAGGCGUGUGACGUUUAGACGUGAAUAAUUUUCAACGCGUUUAUUAAUAAAUCGUCGAGCAGAUA